AUGCUGACACUUGGUGCUCUCGUGCUCUUCGCCAUAGCGGCUGCCAUCGCUCUCAUCGCAAAGAAGGCACUGUCUAAACCCCAAAAGGAAAGCCUUAUCUCAAGAGCUAUCCCCGCCGCGGCACCCCUCACACAACCUCUACCCUCAACAUGGUACAAGUCUGACGACAUUUAUGAACUUGAACGACGAGCCAUCUUCUCCAAGAAAUGGAUUCUGCUUACUCACAAGAUGCGCUUCGAGCAGACUGGCUCAUGGAUCCGCUAUGCUGAAGCUGGUUUUGAUUUCUUCCUUAUCCGCAACGCUGAGGGUGCCAUCCGAGGUUUCCACAACAUCUGCCGUCACCGAGCUUUCCCUGUCGUUGUCAAGGACAAUGGUCAGAACAACGUCCUGUCUUGCAAGUACCACGGCUGGUCCUACGGUAUGAACGGACAGCUUGCCAAGGCUCCUCUGUACCAAGAUCUUCCUGGCUUCGACCGAUCCAAGAACGGUCUUUUCCCUCUUCACGUUCACGUUGAUGACAAGGGUUUCGUCUGGAUCAACAUGGAUGCUAAGACCCAGCCUGAGAUUGCCUGGAAUGAGAGCACUGCUCGCUACGGCUCUUUCAACCUUGAGGAUUACAAGUUCGACCAUGUCAAGCAGGACACUAGCAGCUUCAACUGGAAGACUCUUGCCGACAAGACCAACGCCAACAGCAACGCUGCUACUGAGGUUCAAGAGAAGGGUACCGACCUCGUCAGCGAUUUCUACUUCCCCAACGCCGCCAUGACUAUCUCCCCCCACUUCUUCUUCCUCUUGAGAUGCGUCCCCACAUCCGCCACCAAGUCUCAACUCCAAUACGAAGUCUACCGCCACAAGAACGCCAGCAACGACGACUUCAGCAAGGUCGAGGAGAUCCUCCAGCAAACCGCCAGCGAACACGAGGCCCCCGCCGAGAAGAACCUCCGUGCGGGCGUCCUCGUCGACCAGACCCCCCUCCAGUUCCAGAACCAAGUGUACCAACUAGUCGAGCACCACCGCAAGCUGGAGGGUAUCGCCGGUCGCGAAAUCCGACCUGCUCAGCAAAUCCUCGACAAGUCAGCCACCAAGACCGAGCAAGACGAGAGUCUCUUCUCUUCCUGCUCUGGUCUCUCUUGUGAUAAGAUUGGAAAGGAUCUUUCAUGGUAA